AUGUUUCCGUAUCAAAAAGAGAAAGAGAGCGCCCGACUCUUAAGGGAAGCAUUCGAGGAGAGGAUGCGUAUCGAACACCCCUUCAACGCGGAGCAACUACAACAAUUCGACCAAUUGAAGGCGCUGUUAGCAAGAGUACCCAAACUGAGUAAAGCCGAUAAGGUGAAAGCGGAGGAAGCGGCCAAGGGGGAAAUAUGCACGGCGAAGCUCGACAAGCAAAGAGAGAUGUCGGAAGAAAGGCGACUCCGCUCUUUACAAAAGAGCCACGAAUCACCUGAGGACAUUCAAAAUCUAAGUUCUUUUGCUGUAGAAACUAAGGCUUCGCUUACACCAAAUUCGCUCUUCCCACUGCCAUCAUCGUCGCUGUUAUGGCCUCGGCCUGCACUCCAAGACCCAGUCUCAUCCGCAACACCAGAAGUCACCCCCAUCACACUCCCCCACCAUGUUUGGGUCAUCACCCAAACAUCCUUCGGAUCCGGCGGCACUAAGAAAACCUUCGCUCUGUGUACCACACUCCUCGCCACUGAGGCAGUCAUGGCCCACCUCACUGCUGAACUUGCUAAUCGCAUUGUUUUGUAUAUCCCAGGAGGCGCGAAGGCCGCGCAAAGGACACGUUUCGAUUUCCAGACGUACAUCCAUACAGACCAUGACUUUGGCUUUCAGGCGUGCAUUGGGGAAGGGGAGAAGGUUGCUAUUGAUGUUAAAACUACUUGGGAGGAAGGGGUGCUGUGGCAGGGGAAGAUGGGCGAUGGGAGAAUUUUUGGGGAGGGGUUCGGGGAGGUUACUAUUGAGAAAGUCAGGGCGUUUAUGAAGGGGUGA